GGCUUCCGACGACCUUGGGCAGUUUUCACACCAACUUGUCCUCGUGGGCGAGAAGAAAAACGCACUCUCGUCCUGCAUCGAAUUCGGAAAAUAAAUCGGAAGCGCCUCCGCCCUGCGGAGAGGGAGGCGCGCAAAGAUUAGAUUUUGGCAAUUACUGCCGUUGGACGCAGCGAUCCGGAUGUGGUUCCGGUUGCGGGACACCUGUCCGGUGUGAUCGCGCAGCAGACGACGCGUCCCGACCGCAGCGACACGACACCCUAGUCUUGGGACUGCGGUGGCCUCCUUUUCCGCCGCGUCUCUCCCGCGACCUUGAGCUGAAAAAUGGCCUCCGCGUCUUCCAACAGCGAGCCCGGCCCGUCCAGGGAGGGCGAGGAAAACAAAGAGAGGGACGAGAGGAUGUUCGAGUGCAACAUUUGCCUGGACACUGCGAGGGACGCGGUUGUCAGCAUGUGUGGACACUUGUUCUGCUGGCCGUGUCUGCACCAGUGGCUGGACACGCGGCCCAACAGACAAGUGUGUCCGGUGUGCAAGGCGGUGAUCAGCAAGGACAAGGUCAUACCCCUGUACGGCCGAGGCAGUGGCAAGCAGGAAGACCCCAGAAACAAGGUGCCGCCCAGACCCCCCGGACACAGGACUGAACCUGAAAAUACAAAUGGCUUCACAGGCUUUGGAUUUGGCGACGGUGGUUUCCAGAUGUCGUUUGGCAUCGGUGCUUUUCCCUUCAGCUUCUUCACGUCUUCUUUCAACUUUGGAGAGCCGAGACCAAACCCUGCUCCGGUGGGAACGCCGCAGUACGAGGAGGAGCAGUUUCUGUCGCGAGUCUUCUUGUACAUCGCGUGCGUGUUCAUCGUGUGGCUGCUGCUGGCCUGAGCCUUUUUGUGAUUCAACAAAAUCAUUCCUGGACUCCGAUCGACCCUCCCAGUACGCGCGAGACAGAGAGAGUUUUACACACUAAAUUACCAACCUUGCGUGUAAUUUAAUUGUCUCAACAUGUUAUUGAGCCUUUUAUUUCGUUUAGAAUUUUGUCAGUGUACAUUUUGUAAAUACGAGAUAGUCCGAGAGAUGUUAUUCACACUACGCUUGUUGUAUCAUAAUUGAGAAUAUAAUAAAAAGCAGUAUCUAUUAGGAUGCAAUUUUUGA